AUGACCAUGACGCCAGUAUUCGUCGGCGUAUCGAUCUUUUUGCUUCUCGGCGUAGCCUUUGGUAAUGGUGGCCAUGGCAUCUUAUUGCCGUUGGCCUCGCCGAAUCCAGGUGCUGUUGGCUAUGAGUCGUUGCCCUUGAAUAUGUCAUACACUGACGUGCGCCUUAACGUGCAAGGGGAAGUUCCUUCAUUUCUUGCCGGCACACUCUACCGUGGUGCCCCUGGUUAUUGGCCCGAUGGAUGGUGGUUGGAUGGCCUCAUCACCCUCAAUGCAUUCAAGUUCUCGGGGGGCUCGGUAUCAUAUUCGAUGAGAUGGAACAAAGACGAAGCCUACAAUCGCACCGUCAACAAUGUACCGCCUCCCCCCUUGCCCAUCGAGAGCGCCAUGCCUGGUGCACUGUUGCAACCUCGAAACGCCAGCUUCCCAACGGGCGUCGCAUUCAGCGAGGUGCAGGGGCAAUUGGUUCAUUCAACAGGUGUCUCCAAUGCCAAUUGCGUUGAUCCUGACACUCUCGAGCCCCUUGAGAUGCCGUUUGUUUUUGGAGAUGAUUUUGACGCACCUUUCUUGGCCCCAACCCAUGAUAUGAAGGUGGACGGUUACAUUCUCCAUCACUUGGUGACUGGAGUGGUAAAAGAUUCUGGCGGCACACCCGGUUAUAUUGUGACGUCAAUCAAGCCAGGUAGUAGGAAACGAGACGUCAUUGCUACAAUUGAGAAGCCGAAGGAAUCUGCGCCAUUAUAUGGCACUCCGUCAUUUCAACACAUGCCUCUCGCGACCAGUGAGUAUUACAUUAUGCUUGAAACCCCGUGCUAUUACCCAACUGCAAACACACAAGUCGGUCACGUCGAUUGGAAAGGCUUCGGCUCGAACCCUCUUGCGCGCACGCAUGUGCGGCUCGUGAGCCGUAAGAGUGGCGAGUCAAUUAUUUACCCUUUGACUCACAAUAUUUUCGCCAUUCAUCACAUCAACGCGUACUACGAUGCACCUUCGAACAGCAUAGUGGUAGAUACGAUCCGGUUGUUUCCGUCUUUCUUGCCAUGCAGCCUGGCGUUCACCCAGCUCACAAUGGACCAUUACGUGAAUACGUCGACGUCUGGCUCGCGCGUCUCAACGCCGUUCCGCCUCACACUUCCACUGGACAAGCCUGGCAGCUAUGUGGAUCCGAAGCCUCUGGCACCAGGAGCAGUGGGCAUGGAGUUUCCCACAAUCCGGUAUGAUGACUUGAACGGCAAGCCAUACCACUAUGCGUAUGGUUGCUGGAUGGUGAGCGACGACUCAGAUAACUUCGACUCGCUCAUCAAGGUCGACGUGCACACAGGGAACUACACGUAUUGGCACAUCGAUGGGCAUUACCCAGGGGAGCCAAUCUUCGUGCCAGACCCUAAAGGUUUGUCCGAGGAUGACGGCGUUAUCAUGACGAACGUCCUGGACACAUUGCGCAAGGAGACGUAUGUCUUGCUGCUGGACGCCAAGACCAUGACAGAACUCGCGCGAGCUGGGCCCACUCCGCACUUUAUCCCUCACGGCCAUGGAAGGUACUUCGACAGGCGGCCUGGGCACGGCAGGGACCGCACGGUGCUGGUCUAG